AUGGUUGAUAGAAAAGGAAGGACAGCUCUUCAUGUAGCAUGUGAGGCAAACAGCUUGGACGUCAGCGUCCUUGAAGUUCUUCUCAAAACUAAUUGUGAUGUCAAUAUCACAGAUAGCUCAGGAGAUACAGCUCUUCACAAAGCAUCAACUAUCACAAAAGGGGCUGAUGUGAAGAUAGCAGACAGAACAGGAACAACAGCACUUCAUCUAGAAUGGAAGAAUAUCAGUAUGGACGUUUGUGUCAUUGAGGCACUCAUCAAACACCCUACUGAUGUCAACAUUGUCAAUAAAGAUGGAAAAACUGCACUCCACUUUGCAUGUGAAGAAGAACGUGCAGAUGUCCGUCUUGUGAACCUGCUGGUCAUGCACGGUUCUAGUGUGAAUAUUGCCGACACGGAAGGAAAGUCACCUCUGCAUUAUGCAUGUCUUGGAGACAGUGUUGACGUUGUUGAGUUUCUUGUUGCACAUGGAGCUGAUGCUAACAUGACUGAUACAAAUGGAAAUACAAUACUUCACUUGGCAUGUCUGAGACAUGGUAUCAAGGCCUGUGUUUGUGAGGUACUUAUCAAACAUGGCGCUAAUGUCAAUGCCACUGGUAACUAUGGAAUGACAGCACUUCAUUUGGCCUGCGACACUUCAGAUGUAGACAUUGGUGUAACCGAUCUUCUCAUACAACACGGUGCUGAUCUCAACAUUCUAGAUGAAAAGGGAAGAACACCUCUUAACAUAGCAUUGACAAACUCUCAUUCAGACUUUCGUGUCAUUAAGUCACUUGUGACUAAGGGUGCUGUUCUCGAUAUCAAACAAGAUGGAAAGGCAGCACUUCUGCUAGUCUGCAGUAAACAUAGGGUAGACGUCCGUGUUGUUGAGCUACUUCUCAAACAUAGAGAGGAUGUAAAUGCUGUUGAUGAGAAAGGAAAUACAGCACUUCAUUGCAGAUUAUCUAUGAUUAACAGCAACGAUAAAGAUGUUAUAGAACUUCUCAUCAAUCAUGGAGCUGACGUCAAUAUCGCUAAUCAAAGGGGAAAUACACCACUGCACUUGACAUGCUCGAGAGUGGGUGCAAGGCUAACAUGGGACGGCAGAAUGUCAUAUGAAAAAGCAUAUGAGAUUCAACAUGAACAGGACAUCCAUGUGCUUGAGUUACUCGUGACACAUGGUGCUAAUGUCAAUGCCGCUGAUGGAUGUCAAAGGACAGCACUUCAAAGACAGUGCAGGUUGAGAAGUGUAGAUGUCCGUGUUAUUGACUUACUCUUGAAACACGGUGCUGAUGUCAAUGUCACUGACGAAUAUGGAACCACAGCCCUUCAUGAAGCCUGUGAGACUGGUAUUGAUGUAGCCUAUCCAAAUAAUUAUAAGUCUUUUGGUUUUGAAGGUGUUGUUAAGGAACGGUACCGAAUUGCAGAUAACAUGAAGGACCAUAAAGACACUGGUGCUAUAGAGUUGCUCAUCAGACAUGGAGCUGAUGUCAAUGUCACUAACGAAUAUGGAACCACAGCCCUUCAUGAAGCCUGUGAGACUGGUCUUGAUGUAGACUAUCCAAAAACGUCUAUGGGUUUUGGAGGUUUUGUUAAGGAACGGGACCUAAUCGCAGAUAACAUGAAGGACCAUAAAGACACUGGUGCUAUAGAGUUGCUCAUCAGACAUGGAGCUGAUGUCAACAAGGUUGAUGCUGGAGGAAAGACCGCACUUCACUCAGCAUGCGAAGACCACAGAGACUUCCAUGUUAUUGAGUUGCUCGUUAGAAAUGGCACUGAUGUCAACGCGGUUGAUGCUGAUGGAAAUACAGCCCUUCAUAUUCUGUGCAAAGACAAAAUAAAUGUGAAUGAUGAGCUAUCCAUUCUUGUGAAAAGUGGCGCUGAUCUAUACAGACAAAACAGAAAAGGUUGCAUUGCAUAUUGCGUGCAGAACAGUCAUCAUCUGCCAAACGAUGUUAGGGUUCACUACACCGAGUUGAUGAUGGCAAUACAGAAAGGUGAUUUCCCUGCAGUCCAUGAUCUCUUGGAGCAGGGAGUCCCCAUCAAUACCACAGACAGGUUCGGACGCACGGCUCUCCACUACUUGUGUCUAAGUGACCACAUAGAUACCAGCGUUUUGUCAUUAAUGGCGUACAAACAAUAUGUUAACAUGCCUGACAGGUUUGGUAACACAGCUUUACAUUGCUUGUGUAGGCGAAGAGACAAAAAGGAAAUUGUAAAUAUGCCACGUCUUCUCAAGAUUCUCUUGAAAGCUGAAGCUGACGUGAACGUGCGAGAUGAGUUUGGUUUCAGUUCUCUAUAUUACCUGCAAGGAGUUAUGAGUUUGAAGAUGUUGGACUUGCUGAUGAUACACUGCAGCCAACUGAACGAGAACAUCGGCAACGGUCUAACUCUCAUGCACAGUAUAUGUUCGGAUGAGCAAUGGGAAUGUCUCGAAAGGAUCAUCAGUGAAGCUGAUGAUAUGAACAAACAAAGCAGCAAGACCCUGUAUAAACGAAAAAACCUCAAAGUUCUUCCACACGGCUCAACAGCUCUACAAUUGGCGUGCAUGUCAGCUACCAUUUCCGAAAACAAUGUGCAGAUGAUGAUACACAAGGGAGCAGAUGUUAACAUCAGCAACAAAAAUGGGCGGAUUCCUUUGCAUGUUCUGUCUUCAGCACUUCCGGACAUCAUUUGGAAUGGAAAGUGGUUACUGAGAAGAAGUAGGGACCAAGAGAAACUGCGCAUAUGUCUUCUACUUCUGAGGAGAGGAUCUGACAUUCAUAAACAGGACAAACAUGGCUUCACAGCUCUAGUAAAUGUAAAGGUUUUACUGGAUUCUGUCAACAGUGCAAUGGAAGGAAUACAAACAAUAUGUGAUGAGGUUUCAGCGCUGAUACAAAACAACAGUGUAGUUCAUGAUCUGCUCAAAGAAAGUGAUAUUGCAGAGACUGAUAUAUUUGGAAGAACAGCUCUUCAUUACUUGUGUCUGAGUGAGCACCCUCACCAGGCUGAUUUCCAACUGGUACCAUGCAAUACUGACGUCAACAAAGCUGACAAGUGGGGUAGUACAGCCCUUCACAAUCUGUGUAGGAGAUAUGACAUUCAGCGGUUACCUAAUUUGAUACAAUUACUUCAGAUUCUGUUGGAAUCAGGAGCUGACAUAAACACGAAAGAUGAGUAUGGAUACAGUUCUCUGUAUUACUUACGUGAAAUCAUGAACGUCGAACUCCUAGGCAUACUGAUGUCACACUGCACACAGCUAAACGAAGACAACGGGGAUGGCCUCACUCUCCUGCACUAUCUCUGUGCGACAGGAUCAAGAGAAUGCCUAGAGAUGCUCCUUGAUUAUGUCGAUGAUUUGGACAAAGAAGUGAGCCAGAAUGUCACAAGCACAAGCGGUAAUUGUGUUUUCGUUCAGGGUUUGACGGUCCUCCCGAUUGCAUGCAUGACAAAAGGUGUUGACAAAAGUCUUAUUGAGAUGAUUUUGCAAAAAGGAGCUGAUGUUAACACUGCUGACGUCCUAGGAAAAACGCCAUUGCAUUACAUUUGCGAACGAUCAUUGGUGUUCAGGUGGAACAGAGCUUGGUCCAAUAAGGCUUUGACAUGGCUAAGUACAAACAACGUCAUCGUGUACUCCUUCUUGUUGGCACGGGGAGCAGAAGCACAGAAAAAAGACAACCGCCACCGUCCCCCAAAUGCAUCCAUUUUACAAAAUCGAUGUAAAUUUCACGUUUGUUAA